CCGGAUAUGGAAAUGAUAUUUCAAAUGCGCGCCAUUUUUCGCACUUGCUUAGAAUGUUGACAUGAUGUUCUGGUUAAAAGUAUCUGAUGCUUAGAAUAUAGCAAAAUUGGUAAUUGAAAAAAUGGGUAUUAUUGAAAUAUUUGAAUCUCGCGUACCAUGCUUAUCAGAUAUUUUAGAUCUACAGAGAACCUGUCAAAAACAGGAGCUGAAGUUUUCUCCGGACACCAAUCGAUAUUUGCUGUAUCUCACACUGAAGAAAGUGGGGCCAUUUGUUGCACAAAAGCUUGUCAGUAAAUUGGUAGAGAAAGGAGAAAUAAAAUGGGAUGAUGAUGAUAACUGGGAAGUGGAGAGAAUCCUGGAUCAUGUGGAAGAAGAGGGCAAAGAUUUCUACCUCAUAAAAUGGAAAGGUUGGAGCAAUGCAUAUAAUUCCUGGGAACCCAAAGACAAUUUGUCAUGUGAAGACUUACUGGUGGAGUUUAAAGAAUUCCAGGCCAAAGGAAGAAAACGUAGAAUCGUGGAUUCAGAGGACGAUCUUGCACCCAAUCCUAAGCGUAACCGAGUAGAUGAAAUCUUCCACAAGCUAGCACCGGUCAGGGACACUUUGUCCCCAAUAGGGCUCAUGUCAUUAUCUAGUCCCACCAAGAAAGGAAAGAGGCCAGUAUACAGAGGAAUAAAUGGGAAUUAUGGAGAGUCUAGAUUUAUACCACGCAGAGCAGCGGCACCAGGAAUGAAGCAGCUGAAUCCAAGGUCCAAAUUCUACAAACAGAAGAGAAUCGAGGUUCAGAGAGCCUUGAAAGACUGGGAAAGACAUUUGAAUGGAAUCAAUACUGACCCUGCCGGGAUCGUAGUAGAAAAUCUAGUAGACCUAGAGGGGCCCCCGGAAAACUUUGUGUAUAUAAACGACUACCGUUCAGGCGAGGGGAUCACUAUUCCUGAUGACCCAAUUGUAGGGUGUGAAUGUGAGGACUGUCAUAGCAGUCAAAAAACAUGCUGCCCCUCACAGUGUGGUUCAAUGUUUGCAUAUUAUAAGAAGAAAAGACUACGAGUCAUGCGAGGGACGCCUAUAUAUGAAUGUAAUAAGAGAUGUAAAUGUGGACCGGAAUGUCCAAACAGAGUGGUACAGAAAGGAAGGAAGUUUAAAGUGUGCCUGUUCCGUACUGCCAAUGGCAGAGGUUGGGGCGUCAAGACACUGCAGAAAAUAAAGGAGGGGUCCUUUGUCAUAGAAUAUGUCGGAGAAGUAAUCACUGACAAGGAAGCUGAGCGCCGAGGUAAGCAGUAUGAUGCUGUGGGUAGGACCUACCUCUUUGAUCUGGAUUACAACCCAGGAGAUUGUCCCUUCACUGUGGAUGCUGGCUACUAUGGCAAUGUCUCUCAUUUCAUCAAUCAUUCAUGUGACCCAAACUUGGAAGUGUUUGCUGUGUGGAUAAAUACUCUAGACCCCCGCCUACCUCGCAUUGCUUUGUUCUCCAAGAGGGACAUAGAAAAAGGAGAAGAACUUACAUUUGAUUACAUGAUGACUGGAGACACCACUAAUCAAGCUCCUACAUUGGAUGAUGUGGACAUCACUAAACAGGCCAAGUUACUACAAGCCUCCAGUGCCCAGUCCAUUGAGAUGCCCAGUAGUCUGGAAAACGACGACAACACUGCCACAGAAGAUGAAGACACCGCGGACGAUUCACAGGGACUGGACACCACGAUGGAAACGGAGACCGAGUGUGACACCGCUGACGAAAAAGAGAAAGAAUCCAGUGGAAGUGAACAAGGAGGAGAAAGGAUGGAUCUCAAGAGAGGAGAGGUCAAGGCCCCUGUAACAGAAUUGGCUGCCACUGGGGAUGCUCCAACUGGUAAUGCAGGGAGCACUGUAGCUCCAGUGAUGAAGACACCGGAGAAACUCUUGCCCAAAUCUGUUACUGAUCAGUACAAGAUUGUCUGUCAGUGUGGCGCCAAGAACUGCAGAAAAUACUUGUUCUGAUUUAGUUAGUCCUUUUGAUAGUCCUUAUUAUAGUCAUUUCUAUUGUGGCAUUUUAUUUACUGGUUUCUUUUUUUGGGAACCUUAGACGUAGAGAAGGGAGUAUUAUUGUCUGAAAAUGUGAUUGAAAAAUCCUUAUGGAAUUUUCUGAAUGAUGCCCAUAAUGUAUUCAAACAUUGAGAAAUAUAUGCUGAAAAAUAAUAAUUAUGUGCCAAUAUUAACAGCUAAUUACAGUCUUUGAUUUCAGACAUAUUGUAAAUAUUUGUAAAGUUUUUUUUUGAGGUGGGAUGGGAUGUUGUUAAAGUGUCAAUUCCAGUUUUAUACUUUCAUGGCAGUAAGAAAUAUUGGAUAUAUUAUCCAAAAAGUCAAUAAUGAUCUCAAAUUCUAAAGAUAGAUUAAAACAAAGAGACUAUAAAGGAGAUGAAAAAGGAUAAAAUUUGAUUACUGUUACUUGUCCUGCAUGUGAGUGAUUAAAACAUUUCAAGUAUAUUUAUGUUUAAAGUAAUUCCACUAUUUUUAAAACCUUCAAAUUUAUAUCAAUUAUUUGCAUAUAUAAAUUUUGAAUCAACUAGAACAGAAAAACCAUUUUAUUUAGACAGUGGAACACAUGCAGUGUAUUUUCACAACCCUUUAGAUUUAUAUAUGGUAUUAAAAUCAAAAUCUGUCAACAAAAAACA